UGCAGAAAAAAAAAUCAAAGUGGGUGGAGAACGGGAUGCAAGCUGAAUCGCAUGGAUCCUCAGCCCAAAUGCCCCGUCUCCUCCGGACCUCUCUUUCUAUUUUGCUUUAUGUGUCGUAACAUAGAAUUGGUGGCUAACGUUUGCAAAUCCUCCUUUCCAACAUUCAAUCGAGGGCCACCAAAGGGGCAGCCUGGCCAGAUAGUUGUUCAGAGGAUACAUCUAUCACCGGACCCUUAUCUCGAGUGAUCUACUCGGACCGCGAAGCAUCACCCCAUCAAGAUGCCUGACACAACAGGCAACGAGCUGACCAUGGCGGUCCUGGGAUGCGGCACCAUGGGCAUCGCCAUACUGUCGGGGAUCCUGGCCUCCCUCCAGGACAUGGCCGGCCCCAAGCCGCUGCAGCCGGCGCCGUCCUCGUCUGGUACCUCGACGCCUGUGCACGAGGAGGUGCCCGAGCGGCUGCCCAGCCGCUUCAUCGCCUGCGUGCGGCGGCCCGAGAGCGCCAAGAAGGUCAAGUCGGCGCUGUGGGCGCACUCGUCGGUGCUCAAGGUGGUGCAGAACGACAACCUCGGCGCUGUGCAACAGGCCGAGGUGGUGCUGCUGGCCUGCAAGCCGCAGAUGGUCAAGGACGUGCUGUCACAGCCGGGCAUCGCAAAGGCCCUGCACGGCAAGCUGCUCAUCAGCAUCUGCGCCGGCAUCUCGGUCGCCCAGAUCGAGCUGCACCUGCACGGCGCCGUGCCCAACCACGACCCGGACGUCGACGGCCGCUGCCGCAUCGUGCGCGCCAUGCCCAACACGGCCUCCAUGAUCCGCGAGAGCAUGACCGUCAUCGCGUCCACCGACCCGCCGUUGCCCGCGCACACGUCCAGCCUCGUGACCUGGAUCUUCAAGCGCAUCGGUGACGUCGUGUACCUCCCGCCCAGCACCAUGGACGCCUCCACAGCCCUGUGCGGCUCCGGCCCGGCCUUCUUCGCCCUCAUGCUCGAGGCCGCCGUCGAUGGCGCCGUGGCCAUGGGCCUGCCCAGGGUCGAGGCGCUGCGCAUGGCGGCCCAGACCAUGAAGGGGGCCGCCGCCUUGGUGCAGCACGGUGAUCACCCCGCCCUGCUGCGGGACAAGGUCAGCACCCCGGGCGGUUGCACCAUUGGCGGAUUAUUGGUUCUUGAAGAGGGCCGCGUGAGAGGAACGGUUGCCAGGGCCGUGCGGGAGGCCACUGUUGUUGCCAGCCAGCUCGGUAGGGGUGUGCAGGGCGUGAAUGGCACCAGAUUUCCCAGCCAGCAGUAGUGUUUGUGGGUGGAAGCAACACAGCGCAUGGGGACGAAGCCUAUACGAACCAGAAUGAGGAACACGUAGAUAUGAAGCAAAACGAAAAAAUAUUAGAGACAUUAUCUAUCCGGGUUGCAAGCCAUGCGCCUACGUUGGCGU